CAGAGACAGAGAGCGAGAGAGACCGUGCUCCACAAACCUCCUUCCGCCACAACUGCAGGGCCAGCCCACAGCAUGUGGGAACUCCGGUCCAUAGCCUUCUCCAGGGCCGUGUUUGCAGAGUUCCUGGCCACGCUCCUCUUCGUCUUCUUCGGCCUCGGUUCGGCCCUCAACUGGCCACAGGCCCUGCCCUCCGUGCUGCAGAUUGCCAUGGCCUUCGGCCUGGGUAUUGGGACCCUGGUCCAAGCUUUGGGCCACAUCAGUGGGGCUCACAUCAACCCUGCUGUGACUGUGGCCUGCCUGGUGGGCUGCCACGUCUCCUUUCUCCGAGCUGCCUUCUACGUGGCUGCCCAGCUGCUGGGGGCUGUGGCAGGGGCCGCUCUGCUCCAUGAGAUCACACCACCUGACAUUCGAGGGGACCUGGCUGUUAAUGCACUCAGCAACAACACAACAGCGGGCCAGGCUGUCACGGUGGAGCUCUUUCUGACCCUGCAGCUGGUGCUCUGCAUCUUCGCCUCCACAGAUGAGCGGCGGGGAGACAACCUGGGCACCCCCGCCCUCUCCAUCGGUUUCUCUGUGGCCCUGGGCCACCUCCUUGGGAUCCACUACACCGGCUGCUCCAUGAACCCUGCCCGCUCCCUGGCUCCUGCUGUGGUCACCGGCAAGUUUGACGACCACUGGGUCUUCUGGAUCGGACCCCUGGUGGGCGCCGUGCUGGGCUCCCUCCUCUACAACUACGUGCUGUUCCCACCGGCCAAGAGCCUGGCCGAGCGCCUGGCGGUGCUCAAGGGGCAGGAGCCCGACGCCGACUGGGAGGAGCGCGAGGUGCGGCGCCGGCAGUCGGUGGAGCUGCACUCGCCGCAGAGCCCGCCUCGGGGCAGCAAGGCCUGAGCGCGCCGCCCGCCCGGCCCCCCGAGGACCCGGUCAUCCCCCACCCCCACCCCAGGCUCGGUGAGGGGAGAGCUCCGAGUGGCUGCCCGCCGGCCGCCCAGCCCGCCCCUCCCCUCCCCAGGUCCAAAGUCCGCCCGGGCACCGCCGCCGAAGAGCCGCUGUCGGGGCUGUGGGAUGGCGGGGAGCCCGGCCGUCCCCCUGUCCCCAGGCUGCUAGCCUCGAGCAGUCCGACGCUCUGGCUCCUUGCGGGGAGCUGGCCUCUAGGGGAGGGAAGGUCAGCAGGCAGAGGAAGGCUCUGGAGAGGCCCGGCACCGGUAUGGCGGGGGAGGAGGAUCUGGGAACGGUGAGGCAGUUUUGGCUAGUGUAUGAGCGUGUGUUCCUCCCCAGCGUCCCUCUGUCCCCAAGUGCUCCGUGGUGCAGGCUCCCGAGCGAGUGGCUGUGCCUGUGGCGUUGCGAGGGCACCGGCUGGCAACCUCUCACCCCCCUCUUGACGCCCCCCCCCCACCACCAGUGCAAUAAAUCUACUUCCUCUGUAGCGAUCCUCCCGCAGGAGCUCUGAGAGUGCUCCCCAGAAGGGAAGCGGAGGGUCUGGAGGCCCCUGAGAGGGCGGAAGGGAGUGCCCUGAUGGCCAACCCCUACCCUCCUCUCCUGGAAAAUUCCCCCAAGCUGCAACCCUGGGCCCCAAGAUUUGCCAACUUCCGUUGCUAGAGACAGGUAUCAGCCAGAGAACAGCCUCUCCAGAAGUGGCCUCUGGGGAAAGGGAGGGUUGGGUGGCCAAGGACCUCCUGUCUGCCCUGAGGGAAGACUCUUCCAAGAAGGAAGCCAGGGUAUGUGUGUGCACGCGUGUAUAUGUGUGUGUACCUGCCCUACACAUGUGCAUGAGACCCCCAUCUCCAGGGGGCUCCAGACCCAAAGAUUAGCCUGUGGCAGAGAAAACAAAAGCCCUCUGUGGGCCCCCGGCCUUUGUCUUGGGACAGGGGGAGAUUUGCAACUGGACACUUGGUGAAAGGAGACACUCGUUUGCAAUUGCGCAAGUGAGGCCUCUCUCCCAGCAUGCACCUGCACCGGAGGCUGGCUGGCUGGCCAGCCAGGCCAGGGCGGCAGGCAUGCAGGCCCAGGCCCCACUCGCCAGGCAGUGGCUCUUUCUCCCCAGGAAACUUUCUUCCUCUCCCUCCCUUCAGGUUUCCACCCUAGUUCAGCUACUGGGGUCCCAGGGGUGGGGGCCGGGGGGGGGCGGGGGGAGUGCCGCCUAGCCCUCUCAGGACCACAGAAGGGAAAAGACUUGUCCAGGCAGAGGCAGAUCUGUGUCAAGAGCCCGGGCUUCUAAAUUUCCAGGCCAGUGCAAUGGUUCUCAAAUGAGAUUAAGUGGGAUUAAGUGAGAUGAUGCAUGUAAAGAUGCUGUGUGAACUGUAAUUCCUCAUACCAUUAACACGCAUUAUUGGAAUUAUUUCAUUAUUUCCGCUUCCUGCAGGUAGAGCACAGAAGGGACCCAAUCCUCAGCCUCUUUCACCUUCUUUGGCUGGGGGUCAGUGUAAAGGACAGCCCCGAGAGUCCAGGCAGAAGGAGAUGGGUUUGGGGGUGACCCCAUCCUGGUCCAGCCUCUUCACCUCUCCUGCCCUGAGCGUACUCUAGCUGUUCUACUUUCCUCCUCCCACCACCCAAACACCAUCCAUCCUCUCCCUUCCUCUCGGGUCUGCUACAGAGCUAAUCUAAGAAUCACAUCUGGAGCUCCCUUCUCCAUGCACUGGGGCCUCCAUGUGCUCUCCAUGCUUCUCCAUGCUCUCCAGGCUUCUAUCCAUGUCCGUCUCACACUGCACCAAGCACCCGGAGUGUAUGGGAGUCUCCAUCCCCUUCCUGCCCACCAUGGCCUUCAAAGAUGGACCAUGUAUGAGGAACCGCCCUGUGAUUGUGACCACCUCCUCAUCUACACUUUUUUCUGUCUUCCUUGACCAAAGUUCCCUCUGGGGUCAGGAAAAGCCUGCCUUGGCCCAUAGGUGAUAUGGAGGAGAUUGUCCCAAAACAGCUGGUGACUGCCAGCUGGACUCACUAACAGAGGAGAGCUUGUAUCAGAGACCAAAGUGACCUCUGGAGCUGCACUUUGAAAUACUCUCAAAGUUCAAAGGCAGCAAAUUGAACUGUGAGCCAAGCCUGGAUGUGUCUCAGGCAUCUCAUUCCCCCCAACCAACCUCACCCCCACAGAUCCCCCUAGAAGUUGCCAAGAAUUUCUCUUUGUGUCUAUUCCACUUCCUGGAUUGCGCCUCACCUGAAACCAAAUGUGACAUCACCACACCUUCCUGCCCUCAUCGCCCAGAUUGGGGUUACUAAGGUUAGAGGUCAAAGGAGGAUUCAAAAGGGUGAGGAUGGAGGGGACCUGACACCUAGUGAGCAUCUUUUGUGUCCCAAACUCUGUGCUAAAACCUCAGGCAGGUUAGGGAAGGACAGCAGCUUCCAGCUCUUCAGGGUUUUAGCAUUUCCAAUGCACUCCCUAUCACCCAGCCACCCAGCCCUGUGAUUUUCUCCCCACCCUGUGAGAAAGGCAGAGUAAAUACCGUCUUCCCAUUUUACAGAUUAAGGAACUGCAUUUCAGAAACUAAUCUAAUGUCACACAGCUGUAUGUAGUGAACUCAAGACUUGAACUCAGGCCUUCUUAUUCAAAAAUCCCAUGAUCUGGGAGUAUAGCUCAGGGGUAGAGCAUUUGAUUGCAAAAUCCCAUGAUCUGUCCAUUCAGAGCUCACAAGAAACCAAGUAUGAUCCGGGGCAAGUCCUAGUUGCCCCUUGGGAGCCCCUGGCAGAAACCAGAGCACACAACUGAGACUGUCCAGCCCAGGGCUCUGUCUAGUGGGGGACACAGGCCCUUGGGGAGGGUUGCAGCAGAGUAGGGAGAAAAGGACAAAGAAUACCAGACUGGUUUCUGUCCUUGAAAAGCUCCCAGUCUGGUGGAGGAUGGAGGUCAGACACACCCCAAACCAGACAGAGGCAAGGCAGCAUGGAGGCAGGUGGCUGGGCUUCCAGGUCCUCAAGCUGGGGACAGAAAAGGCUUUUUGGGCUGAAGGGAAAAGGUGGCUGACUCCUGGGUCCCAGCAGCAUCCAUUCCCACAUCCCCACAGAUGACUCUGUUCCUGCAAAUGUGGCUUUCAUGUGGCUUUGUAUCUUUCAGCCGUGAUUCUGUAUGUCUGCAGUGCCUCCCAGGCAAGACUGUAAGCCCUCUGGGGGCAGGGCCCCUUCCAGUUCCAGAUCUAUUUUCCUUCCUCUGUCUUGUCUAGCAUAGUGCACUGCACAUAGUAAGCCCUCAAUAAACACUCAUUUGCCAGUAA